AAAGCAAAACCAGAGAGGCAGAGAAUAGCCACUACCCAGCGAAAGAACAAAAAGGGCAUCUGAUAGCUCAUUUCAGUGUUUUCGUCUCGAGGGCUGUUUGGCAACCAAGAAAGUAGGAAAGAAUCCGAGAGAAAAGUGACUGAGAAAAUGAGCGGCACUGGAAAGAAAGUCGUCGAUGUGGCUUUCAAAGCAUCGAAGAACAUCGAUUGGGAAGGAAUGGCCAAGCUCCUCGUCAGCGAUGAGGCUCGCAAAGAGUUUGCCACCCUUCGCCGUGCUUUCGAUGAGGUUAACACCACCCUCCAAACCAAAUUUAGCCAGGAGCCAGAACCAAUAGACUGGGAAUAUUAUAGGAAAGGAAUAGGAUCCCGUUUGGUGGAUAUGUACAAGGAAGCUUAUGAAAGUGUUGAAGUCCCCAAGUUUGUAGAUACAGUCACUCCUAAAUACAAGCCAAAGUUUGAUGCAUUGUUAGUGGAACUGAAAGAAGCUGAGCAGAAAUCUUUGAAGGAGUCUGAACGUUUAGAGAAGGAGGUAGCUGAAGUUCAAGAGAUGAAGAAAAAGAUUAGCACCAUGACUGCGGAUGAGUACUUCUCAAAGCAUCCUGAGCUGAAGAAGAAGUUUGAUGAUGAAAUCCGAAAUGACAAUUGGGGCUACUGAGUGCAGUUGCUUAUUCUAGCAUCGAUCUUUCUGAUCAUGAUGAAAUUUCUGGAACUUCCAUUUUCCAGUCUGUUUCAAUAAUAAAGAUGACCAAAUUGUUCUGGUGUAAUUUGGUGGAAGUUGGUUUGAAGAUUUUGAAUUUUAACGAAACCCCAUUAAAAAUUUUAUUUCCUAUAGAGAGCGAUAGAUCCUUUUAUGUUGUCAUAAAAAUGUUACUUGAUUUGAAUUUAUGAAACACUUUUGUGGCAUCAUCCAAGAUUAUAAGCAUGCAAUUCCUUGUACA